AUUUCCAAUCUUUCGCAGAUAUUCGCGUAUUUUUUCGGCCUAGUCGUGGAGAGAAACGCGCGUGAUUCGUAGCCGAUGGCGAAGGCGCAAGUGUUGUACGAUUUCGAAGCGCAGCCGGGCACUAGUGAGCUUUCGGUCUAUGCCGGGGAAACAUUGGCCAUCACGCGUCAGGAUAUCGGUGAAGGAUGGUGGGAAGGUCGGAACGAGCGCGGCGAAGUCGGCCUCUUCCCAGCAGCCUAUGUUCAGGAGCUGCAUGAACCCCCUCCAGGACCUCCACCCCCACUCCCCGCGGAAUAUUCCGGUAACAACGAAACCUGGAAUGAUCCUUGGAGUCAGUCAGCCCAGAACCCGAAACCCACUCCUGCUCUCCAAAGCGUCGCUAGUCAGGAUGCAGAGGAUUGGGAUGACGAUUGGGACGAUGACAGUGAAACUGGUGCCCAUGCCCCACAACCUCCUUCACAUAAAAUUUCCGUCAGUUCUGCCGACGACCCGGUAGGAGGUCGACCUGCUGGUAGUGGAACAGUGAGACGAACCUUCAACCGCUUCACGGGUUUCGUGAAGACAGGUGGAGAAGAUUAUCUUCUUGGCGGAGGAACUGUUGCUGCAAAUGCCGAAGAUCGCAUGCGAAUCUUGGACAACGACGAUCACGUGAGAUGGGAGCCGCUAGAAGAGACCAUGACAUGCAUGGUGACAGAACCCCAGAAGGCGUCGAAGCUGAAGGGUUUCAAGAGCUUUAUCCAGUACAACAUCACGCCGAACACGACCCGGACCCCCGUGACCCGGCGAUACAAACACUUCGACUGGCUUCAUUUGCGGCUCGAGGAGAAAUUCACGUUCAUUCCCAUUUCGCCAUUGCCUGACAAAAGUGUUACUGGUCGGUACGAGACGGAGUUCAUUGAGCAUCGUCGAGUGAGGCUGGAGUCGUGGGUGGGUCGGGUGUGCCGCCACCCGGUGCUGGCCCGGAGCCAGGUGUGGCGCCACUUCAUCAGCUGCCACGACGAGCGUGAUUGGAAAGCCGGGAAACGUCGGGCGGAGAAGGACGAGUUCCUCGGGGCUCGUCAGUUUUUGGCCAUUGAAGCCCCCGACACUGCGCUGAAACCCGAGUUUGUAGAUACAAAGAUGGAGAAUUUUGCCAGAGUAGUGCCCGUGCUGGAGAAGGCUGCGACGGGGCUGAGCGUCAAGAGUAUUGAGCAGAUCAAGCGGUUGGAGCGGUUCUACAAUCGGGAUUACUCCACCAUCGGAGCCGCCUUUUCUAGCCUCGGAAGUGCUAUCGACUUCGAUCGCUGUUUGGCAUUGGAGGAGCGAGAGGAAAAGCUGAAGAAUGCUUUGAGAUUCACCGGAAACGUGUAUGAUAAUAUUGGGCAAUUGUGCGAAGCUCAGCCGAAGUAUGAUUGGGAACCGGUGGCUGACAAAAUGCACGAGUACCGAGGCAUGUUGGCCGCAUAUCCCGACGUUUUGCAGCUCCACAAGAGUGCGGUGAGCAAACGAAGAGAGUGCGAGAAGAUGACGCAGGAAGGGAAGAUGGACGCGGAGUUGUGCCGGUCAGUCCGUCGACGAUGCGACGUUGUCAGCUACAGCACCAUGGCCGAAAUGACCCAUUUUCGCGAAGAACUCGUUCGGGAGAUGAACGAGAUGAUGCGCGAGUUUCUCACCCAGCAAAUCGCAUUCCAUAACCGCAUUGUUGGGAAGUUGCAAGACGCUUUGCGGCAAUACGAGUGAAUUCGUGAAGGGAUGAAGUAAUACGUGAAGCGUGUGAGUCUCAGCGCCAGUGUAUGAGUGCUUGGAGUUGCUUGCGGGGAAUGAAAACUGUACUGUAUAUCAAAAAGAAAAAAGUGGGAUCGAUCGGAGUUUCUGGAAGGAGACGAGUCAUUGGAUCAAUCAAUCAAUCAAUCGCCAGUGGGCAGCAUUAAUCUCUAGACGACGCUGAUGGAAACUGGAAGCAAACCUCCGUCAUUCUUAAGUUUUUGUUGUUUAUCAAUUCGUCGACUUUCUCUCUUUGAGUUGAGCAGAUUUGAUGCGAGAAAAAAAAUAUUUUCCGAUGUUAUACAGGGUGUUCGCCAAUGAGAAUUCCUUUUUUUUUUGCUGGGUGGUGAAAACUUUUGGAGAAAAGAAAAGUCUGGCUUUUCUUGCCUCACCCUGUUGGAACACCCUGUGUACAUUUAUGUGAUCAGAUUUGAAGGGGGGUUUGUUUUGUUUCGCUUCUUUCUUGAGAGAAAAAAAAAAACUAGGGUUUUAUUUUUCCCUUUUUUUUUUGGUUAAGAGAAGUGCUUUUAGCUGCGAUGCAGUAUUGAUUUUUGUGUGCUUUUUAUUGUUAUUGCGCGUGGAACAUCCUCUAGUCUUGCCGUGAGGUGGGAAAGAAAGUUUUCCGUUAUUUUCUCUUCCCAGCCAGAAAAUUUUUGCGCUCAUGGGAUGAGAAAAAAGCAAAGAGACAAGAGAAUCAUUCCGUCAUUCUUAUGAGAAAACAAAAGAGAAAAAAAUUUCCAAGAGAUAUUUUUAACCUUGGUCAUCCUCUUGUAGGCUGAGUGUCCCAACGCUGUGUGCUAUAUUUUCCAUUGGAUAAAACUCAGCUGUUUAAUUUGAA